AUGGCAGAAGAGCUGGAGGAGGUACCCUGUACCUUCCAGGGCUGUAGACUUAGCUUCAAGUCCAUCAGCGAGAUGCAACACCACAAAGCCAAUGCUGACAGACAUUCCUACUGCAUGAAAUGUGACCUCGACUUCCCGUCUCAGCAGACCCUCCAUCUGCACAAGAUUAUGAGCGAUCGUCACUUCGCUUGCCCCGAGUGUUGUCUUGAGCUCCGCAGCGAGGCUGGUCUGGAAGUUCAUAUGAGAAAUAAUCACCACGAAGGUCGCGAAGUCGCUUGCAUGGGCUGUGGUUGGAAAUACAAGUCCGCCUCUGCAGUCAUCAAACAUAUCGAAGACAAGGAAUGCCCUGUUCUUUCCCUGCCAGAGAGAGCUCGCGAGGGCGGUAACUGUGAUCUUCAUGGCACAGCAAGCGUUCUGACCAUUGGCAGAGAUUCUCCUGGACCACAGUCUCCACCAUCUGAGACCUCCAGCGAGGACCAGGAUACGGAUGGUGGCGUUCUGCUGGACCUCUCUACACCCCGUAUGGAAGGGAAACGCCCUGUUCGCGAUAGCAGUGAGGUAACCAUUUCUCGUGGUGACUGGCCCGAGCUAGGUGCUCCAAUGACCCCAGUCAAAGGAAAAGCAGCAAGUACCACCACUGAAUCCCCCGGAGGUAUCCUCAUCGACGAUCUCCUCGGUUCCUCAAUGCGCCGCGAUAGUCCUUUCCCAUCUCCUCGCGGACCUACUGAGAAGUUGGGUGAGGCAGGACCCUCCGGAUCUAAUCUGGCUGCCCAAGAAGCAGGCCCUUCUGGCUAUGCUCGCCCCAUUCGAUGUCGAGCCACGGCUCAUCGCACGAUUCAAGGCGUUGACCCUGAGAGCUUCUGGAAUGCCGAGAAAGGUCGCUACUACUGCAACUGCGGUUCAUCUUUCCUGUUCGUUGCCACCUUUGAGUAUCAUCUCACGAUGGAAGAUGAGACAAUCAACGAUUGCCCCCGAUGCUUCAAACGAUUCAGGACCCUCGCCGCGCUCGUCGCUCACAUGGAAGCUCGAUACUCCAAGUGUGCUUUCCGUGUGACCACUGGCCAAAUCGAACAGGAACUCAGUGAAGUUACUCGUGGCUUUGCCCAUAUCCCGCGGAUGAUUGGUGAGGAAAUGGAACCGGGCGAAAUCGCCUUCGAUGCGAGUAGCCAGCCUGAGCAUAAUACUCCUGGGUCUUCGGAUGAAGAAGUCGCAUCUUUGAGCGAUGGUGACGUCUCUUCGAAUCCAGUAGCCGUCUCUUCAAAUGGAGAUGACGUGUCUUCAAAUGCAGACGUUGUAUCUUCUAUCGCUGAGGCCAUGUCUUCCAUCGCAGAGGCUUUGGCUUCCAACUCAGAUGUCGUGUCUUCCGGCACAGGGGUCGUGUCUUCCAGUGCAGCUGCUGUAUCUUCCCUUACGGGGAUCGUUUCUUCCAACGGAAAGGCUUUGUCUCCCAUCGCCGCGGCUCUUUCUUCGAGCUUGGAGUCCCUAGUGGAUGAUUUGGAGGGACUUGUCUUUCCCAAUACGCACAACGAAUAUGAAGAGGAAGAACUUUGA